UCUGAAUUAGUUUUUUUUCUAGUAGUAGUAUAUAUGCGAAAACAGAUUAAUUGUACUGAACAUUGCCGUAAAAUUUAUGAAGUCAGUAAUCUAAGUUAUUAAUUCUUGCUAGAGCUGCACUGUUAUUGUUUACUAAUACUAGUAAUACAAAACUAUUGUAUUACCAGUCAUAGAUCAAAUUUACCAUGUCUGCCUGCAAGCUACAACUGACCAAACCUGCUCCUGACUUUAGUGGGACUGCAGUAGUUGAUGGAGAAUUUAAAGAACUCAAAUUGGAAGAUUAUAAAGGAAAGUACUUGGUACUAUUCUUCUACCCACUAGACUUCACAUUUGUUUGUCCAACUGAAAUCAUUGCCUUUAGUGAUAGAAUCGAAGAGUUUAAGGAGAUUGGUUGUGAAGUUAUAGCUUGUUCAACUGACAGCCAUUUUAGUCAUCUGGCCUGGAUCAACACUCCAAGAAAAGAAGGUGGUCUUGGAAAAAUGAAAAUUCCCCUUUUAUCGGAUAAGAGUAGUGAGAUUGCCAAAUCUUAUGGAGUACUGAAGGAAGAUGAAGGGAUUUCAUUCAGAGGUCUCUUCAUCAUUGAUGAUAAAGGAAAGUUGCGACAAAUAACAAUUAAUGAUCUUCCUGUUGGACGAUCUGUAGAUGAAACUCUAAGGCUCGUUCAAGCCUUCCAGUUUACUGAUAAACAUGGUGAAGGUAAGAAUUUGAUCUCUUUCUUUGUAUUGAUGUGAGUAUCAUUGAGUGUC